AUGCGUUUAGAUGGAUGCCGAGAUGCUUGUCUACCCAUCAAGAUCCAACACAACGUUAAUGACUCAUCUCCAAAAUCACAUAUACAUUCCCAGAAGCUUGAAGAUGGUAAAAGAUCAUCUCCAAAUUAUGGGGUCAAGACUCUGCUUUUGGCUAUAUUGGUGAAUGUUCAUAAUUAUAGUGACUAUAUCCAUCCGAAGGUCGUUUCCUUGCUUUAUGUCAUGUACUUGUAUAUCCAACUUGAAAUAUUACUAGCCAUAGUAGCAACCAUGGCUAAAGUGUUGUUAGGACAAGAGUUGGAGCCACAGUUCAAUGAGCCCUACCUCUCCACUUCAUUACAAGACUUCUGGGGUAGAAGAUGGAACCUCAUGGUUUCAAGUAUCCUUCGAAUUGCCGUUUAUGAACCCACCGGCAACAUAGCCUCUGGUCUUGUGGGCAGAAAAUGGGCUCGGAUUCCAGCAGUCAUGGGGACAUUUUUUGUCUCAGGCAUCAUGCACGAGCUCAUGUUCUUUUACCUAGGGCGUGACAAGCUCACAAUGGAGUUGACUUGCUUCUUUCUCCUCCAUGGACUGUGUCUCAUAGUUGAGAGUGUUUUGAAGAAGUGUUUUGGCGGCAGGUGGAAGUUGCCGACGGUGAUUUCUGGGCUACUGACAACUGGGUUCGUGAUGUUGACGGGGUAUUGGUUGUUUUUACCAUCAAUGUAUAGCUGCAAGGUUUUUGAAAGGGCAUCUGCAGAGUAUGCCCAGUUAGUCACAUUCAUAGAAAAUAUAAUUCAUCGUCAUUAGAAUUUGUUUGGUUCAUCGAAUAUUGUUUUUAGGUUUUGCUUUGGAUUAUAAAAUUAAUCAUUGGCACA